AUGCCUCCUAAGAAAAAUAUCCAAGAGCAAACCGACGCAUUCCCCGGGGUGUUAGACGAGUUCCAAGUGGAAUUGCGUGAAUCACUGCAAGCCUCAAUGGAAGCAGCCUUCCGCACAGUUUUCCAAGCUCGCCCACAACCACAGGACUUGCCUCGUCAGGGUCCUCCAAUUUUUCGGGAAGAAGAACAAGAAGUUGGCUUGGAUGACAAUCCGUUUGCAGGCCUCCAUGAGCAGGAGUUACGGCAGCAGCACCCUGCAGACAUCGUCGUUCGCGAUGGUGAGAACCGACGUUGGGAAGCAGGUUUUAAAGUGGACUUACCAGAUUUUCAUGGUACGAUGAAAGCAGAAGAACUCCUUGAUUGGAUCAGUACGACUGAGGAAUUGUUCACUUUCAAAGGCGUCCUGGAGAAUAUGCGAGUUCCGUUGGUGGCGACUCGUUUUCGAGGACAAGCAUCAGCUUGGUGGCGCCGAGUGAAAGAACAUCGUAUUCAUGCAGGAAAGAACCGUAUUGACUCAUGGAACUCUCUUAAGCAGAAGUUACGUAAAGCAUUCCUUCCGUAUAAUUAUGAAAGGACAAUCUACAACAGGUUUCAAAAUUUGCGACAAGGUACUCGUUCUGUUGAUGAAUAUGCAGCAGAAUUUUUCUCUUUUCUCGCUCCUAGUAGCGUCCAAGAGACAAAUGAUCAACUCGUGUAUCAGUUCAUUGGUGGGUUACGGCAGCAGAUUCCAAAGCCACUGUUGCAAUUCAAUCUGUCCACGGACUCUGAAGCUCAUCAACAUGCCUUGCUGAUUGAACUAAACAAUCGUAGUUCACAAUCAUCCUGGUUCGCUGGUGUUUCUCGACUGCAUUUCCCUUCCACCAGUGAGGAUGUUUCAUCUCGUUUCGCAGACAAGAGAAACACAACUAAAGCUCCUUUGACUAGUGCAAAAGCUCAUGACGCAAACUUGCCAUCACGACAAGCUCGUCCGCAGUUGUUUAAGUGUUUAAAUUGCGGGGAACGAGGCCAUCGACAAUCAGCAUGUCCCCACACAGCACGUCGAGAGCUCCCUAUCGAGGAAGAAGUUGGAGGGGAUACAGGAUUAGCUCUAGUGAUUCAAUGCAGUUUCCUUGCUCCACAAGGGAUUCAAGAAUCGUGGUUUCGCACCAACAUCUUCCGUUCGUCGUGCAAGACCAGAGGGAAAACUGAUCUACGGAUUUCUAAGCAAUGGAAAGUCCCUUUUUCUAUGGGUGCAAGUUACAAAGAUCUCAUUACUUGUGAUGCCAUACCCGUGGAUGCUUGCCAUCUCUUAUUGGGACGCGCAUGGCAUUAUGAUCGGCACACUAUGCAUGAUGGGUUUGCAAAUACAUAUGUGUUUACGUUUGAAAACAAGAGGAUCACGUUGCUUCCUACACAAGAGUCGACCCCUCCGGUCGUUGACAGUGUCGAGAUGCCUAUUCCUCCGAUUGCUCCUAAGCCUAGUCGUCCUGUUUUUCUAUGCUCUAAAACUCAGUUCAUGACAGAGCUGCAGGAUUCUGAGAUUAUUUACGCAUUAUUUUCAGUACCACCAGCCUCACCGAUCGAUGUUAUUGUCCCACCAGCGUUUCAGCAACUCAUUGAUGACUUGGAUGUAUUUCCUACUGAUUUGCCUGCGGGUUUACCUCCACUUUGA